AUGCCUUCCUUUGCCAAUGUCUAUUGGUCUUCGGAUCUCUCUACAGGUCUCAGCAGACUCAAUGAACAAUCUAAUAGACUGAUCCAACAGCUUCAUGAACUUCGAAAACUUGUCUUCAGCUACAUGAACUAUUACCAUUCCAAUAGCGAGUUCUUGAACAAAUUGAGUAUUGAUUCGUAUCCCAUGGAUUCUGAAUUUCGACCCUAUGACCGGUUCAACUUCAGUCUCCGCCACCAAGUUCCUGGUAGAGUACCCUCGGUAGUGAUGUCUGCACAACCUUCCAGCUCUGAAGUCAGCAUUGAAAACAAGACUGAAGAGAUUUACGUAGAUACUGCUUUCCAGCUAUAUGUCAAGAAUAUGUCGGAAGAGUCACAUAGCUUGAUCACAUUGGCAUCUGUGAUAGAUCGUGAAGUGUUGGAGAAAGUAACCGUUUUCCUCAAGAAACACGAGCCAGAAGUCAAAGAGUCAUUACUGGAGUUGUACGAUAUUUACCACGACUACGUAGCGACCUACGACAAAGUAGAGAAGACAAAAAAGGAAUACGAGGAAGUACUACGUUUGAAGGAGUUCGCCGAUGCUCUGCAACAAGAGCGUAGAAAAGUAGAAGAAUCCACCCAGAAUUCGAAGUCUUCUACCCCAAUGAAAGCAGUAGAAGAAGCAGUAGAAGAAGAGUCGCAUUCGCCAGCAAACUCGCUUGAAUCUGAGUACAAAUUUCCGCUUCGGAUCGGAUCCGUAGAAAUCGACUCUCUUCGACUGCUUAGCAAGCUUCUUGCAGAUUUGAUAUCUUCCGUAGAUGUAGUAAAGAGAAAGAUACCCAUCCCGGGCUAUAGAAACGAACUCUUUAGCAGUGAUCAAUUGUGUUCACAACUUCUUCGAACUCGUCCCAGAGGUAUAGAUCCGACCAGACUUAAGCUUGAGAAAUUUGGACAGGCACUCAUAGACUAUAAGUUCAUUGUAGGCACAGGCUUCUUGGGUAACAGAAAGUUCAAAAGUGAAGGCAUGUGGUUCGAGUGGUCGGAAUUGGCCCUUUACAUUUCCACCUAUGAUCCUGAACAGGAACUAGAGACAAUCAAGUCUGCACAUACUACAGCGUCUGCUAAAUCAUCCACUUCUAGUAGCCCUUCCCAGUCUCAGGGUACACUGAUCCAACAAUCUAAGUUCAUGAAUGAAGUGGCUUCUACCACUUCAAAGCGGUUCAAUGGGCUCUUGAACACAGUAAAAUCUUCUUUGAUGAAGACGAAUUACGAUGAGAAUCUUGCAGCAGUCAAAGAGAAUUACCUUGAGUUGUAUAUGGAGCUUCAGGAAUUAAAGUACAUCUACGACCGAGAGCUAAUCAACAAGUCCCACUUUUUGGAGAAUUUUGAAAGGCACAAAAUCGAGUUGAUAUACAAGAGUUUAGCAAAGCUUCUGGAGAUCAUCUACAACUUCUCAUUGAACUCAACAAACAGACUUCAUGUCAUGGCUAAGGAUUACAUAGACAGAGUAAACAAGCCAGAAAACUACGUCAGAGACUUCGACAAGCUAUUGUCUGACUUCAGUUCUGGAAUCUACUUUCCGACUCUGGCCCUAGGAGUCAAACCUACUCUGGUGAAUAACAAUUUCCAGAAUCUCGAGUUUCAGUUCAAUUUAUUCAAGGAUAUUCCCUUACAGCUAAAGUAUAGUCAAGUUAGCAACGAGGAUGAACAGCUUCUCAGUACUGGCUCAAUUCCAGUCUUCUUCUAUAGAUCCAUGGAAAACCUUGAAUCAACUGCAAGUUCACAUGAAAAGCUUGCUCAAUUAUGGCAGAACCCUUUGGAUCACGAAUACUGGGAAUUGAAGAAGACGAUUUUGAACAAGAUUGCUGUAUUCGGAAUCACCGACCGAAGUUCCUUAAAUGAAGUUAAAGUAGAAGAAAACAUUAUUGAUUCAGUUUUAUCAGUCUUAAAAGAUCAAUCUGUUGACGCAGUAGUGAACUUCAUCAAAAACUGGUUGUUAGAAAUCAGUGAUUCCCUUAUUCCCUGUGUAGUGUACGAUUCAAUCACUUCGGUGUACAAAUUGGGUACCAAUGAUACAACAAAAAGAAUUAAAGAGUUGGAGAGAAUACUUGGUUCUAUUCCCAGAAGUAAUCUUGCCUCUUUGAUAUUUAUAUUGGAACAUAUUGCAAUGUCAUUCGAUUUGACAACAAUCACCAGUUAUGAACUUUCAGACGAAUUGCAGGAAGAUUUGGAAAGCUUAUCUGAGGACAUUGAUAAAGUCAAAGAAGUAUCUAAUAAGUUAAAUGCCAUGGAUGCUAUCGGAUCGAUACCGUUUGUCCACUUGAUCUUUCGUCCCUCAGUUUCCAAAAAUGCCUCCGGAUUCAAGCCUCCUUUGGAUAUUUACAUUGAUCUUCUUUCAGAUUUGUUAAGUGUUCGUGUGAGGAUGGCACUUUUCAAGGUGUUGGUCAGUAACGAAAAGAACUACUUAUUGAAAUUGAAGAAUACUAAAGGUGGAUUUCAAGUGAAGAAAGCACUUCCUGGUAUUCCUUUGCCGUCGAUUCCUCCAGAGUCACCUCCAACUCCUUCGAAGACCGUUUCUAAUGGAGACCUGAAGAGUGGAUUGGCUCCUGAAAACUUUACCUUAAGACCAUUCCGUACCAGAUCUACGCCAGUUCCUUCUCCCAGCUCAUCCCCA